AUGGCUGCUUCAACACAAGUUCAACCUGGCUUCUUGAAGUCCAGCUUUCCAGUCUUUAUCCCAGAGCACCCUGCGUUGACUAUGGGCAAUACUGACUUCGAGGCAUUCGUCCGAGAUGUCAAAAAGUUGCACUCUAACACGGAUACCACAUCAGAAGCUUACCAAUCAGGACAACAGUCCACCAAUCUUGAAGAUCAAAACACUACCCCGUCGACUGGUCCCAUGACACCUGAAGAAGUGCAGCGUGCUUUGGAUAACAUGGAUCUCGAGCCGCGAAGAGAUGUCCCCAAUAGUCAGGAAGGACCCGAAACUCACCCUUUCAUACAAGGACUUCAGGGUGUGCAUCGAGAAAGAUCUCGCAGCAUGAAUAAGAUGAUGCUGACAGCGAACAAUGACCUUGCCUAUCGCUUAACAAAGAACCCACUCGUGGAUCUGUUCUAUGAGCUCGAAGAGUUUGCCUGUGGUAAGCAUUUGAGUCAGUUGCUUGGAGCCGCCUGGAGACAAGACCCUUUAUCUACGCUCAAGAUCAUCUUCAAUGCAAGAUCGAUUCACAUCGGCAAGCGCUCACGAAACACGGCCUACAGAUGUUUCGGCUGGCUUGCCCAGAAUCACCCAGUCACCCUAUUGAUGAAUCUCCGAUGGCUUACACGACCGAUCAUUGAGAAGAAAACAGGAGAUAAGAAAGAAGAGGAGGAUGAUCUGGUGAUAAUUGAGAAACAUGACGACCCUACCGCUUUCGAUAUCGACAAUGGAGUUGCCCAUGGAUACUGGAAAGAUCUGCUCAAUCUCGUCGUCUUCUCUGUCAACGAUUCAUUGAAUGUCGACAUUGACCCCGAACACUUGUUGAAUAUAAAGAACGGACAGAGGUCCACUAAGAUUUGGGAUGCAGCCAAAGCCAAGGAAGCAAGACAGCAGCAAAGGACCGAUCGCCACACUGCUGCACUUCAGGCUUUCGACACCCAGUCUCUCCAUAGAGCUUUACAUCUGACAGUUGCACGUCUAUUCGCCGAGCAAUUGCAAGCUGAUCUUGUCUUGCUGCAUACUGGAGACAAGCAGUUAAUGAGACGGAUCUCACUUUGCUCAAAGUGGACACCGUCAUCCAAUCUUUCUCAUGACAAGCACACAUUCAUGGUUUCCUCAAUUGCAGAAAUACUUCAUCCUCAGACUGAGUUCAAAGACGUCACUGAUAGAGAGAUCUACCUCCGACAUGCCCGAGAAGCAUAUCGAAAGGAAGUGUCAGCUUUACGUAAAGUCUUGGAAGUGGUGGAGAGAGACAUCUCGGCUGAGAAGUUCGAGAACAUCAAGUACGAACAUGUCCCCUCAGUUGCUAUGAAUCAAUACGCAUCGUUAUUUGCACGCAAAGAUACAGAUCGCUUCAAUUCAUACAUUACCAAUGUGGCAGAAGGCAAGCAGAACAUAUCAGGUGCUACACUCCUCCCUUCCAAGCUCAUUAGUGCAGUACGCACAGGUCAGUUCGGACAUCCUCCUAGGAGAACAAGGAAAGGCGCAAAGCGUGGUGCAAAGCUCAUGGUUAAUGACAAGCUAAGUGAGAUGGGUGCGAAGGUUCUUGACGGACAAUGGAACUCCCUCGUCAAGCGUGUCAAGGAGUCGGGCAAACUUGAAAACAGCAUGGCAGUUUGCGAUGUGAGUGGAAGCAUGUCUUCUCCUCGUUUCCCUGACGGCACCACACCCAUGGACUCGAGUAUUGGUUUGUCACUCUUGCUUGCCGAAAUUACUGCGCCGCCAUUUGGAGGUACAUUCAUCACGUUCGCCUCCGAUCCGACUGUAGAGAAAGUGGAAGGCAAAACAUUACAGGAGAAGAGAUUGAUACUGCCUAUGGCCCGAGAGCACAAGGUCAAACAAGAGGACAUGGUCAAACAGGUCUUCGUGUUCAGUGAUAUGCAUUUCAACUCAGCAGCAGGUCGAACAGAUGAAUGGACGACCAGUUACGAACGUAUCAAGACGGAAUUUGAGUUGUAUGGGUAUCAGAUGCCACAACUGAUUUUCUGGAACCUGGCAGGCGGUCGAGCAAGUCUAACUGGACAUGGUGACCCAACAGCUCCAAAACCUGUGGCUGCCGAUCAGGAGGGCACUUCUUUGGUUAGUGGUUAUAGUCAAGGUAUGCUCAAGGUCUUCCUUGACAAUGGUGCAUUUGAAGAUCCAGAGGCUGAAGAGGAGAUUGUGCAGGAGGAGGUAGAAGAGGACGGAAACGAUGAGGCUACUGUACAGGUCAAGAAGAAGCAGAAGGUCGAUCCUAUGAGUACUGUUCGAAAAGCAAUUUCGCACAAGGCGUACUCCAUGUUGAAGGUAGUGGAUUGA